AUUCCAAGAUGCGCACAUACUCAUCAAUCUGUAAUCAAUACAAUUUCCCAUUGAAUAACCCUUGAUUAGCCUCAAUUGCGCUUUCGAAAGAGAAGCGAAAGGGGGGGCAGAUUCAAUGCAAUGGGCGCGCGAAAAAGGCGCUAAUCGAAUAAAGGCAUCGAUAAAUUCAUUCUCACGUGCUCGAUCUAAUUCCGAGGGUGUUGUUGCAUAAGAUAAAUCGCGAUAUAUUGCCCAAUAUUCCAUCAUCUUCGCACCUCUUUGCCAGGUAAUUGCUGAAUAAUUCAGUAGCACGUCGUUUGUGAAAAUUGUGACGCAUUAAAUUAAUGGAUGAUACCAUCCAAAAUAACUUUCAUUUUCUCCAUGAAAAAAAAAGAAGUUCCAGUUCGUGGCUUCUUCGUCGGAGAGUUUUUCUUUAACGGUCAUUUUUUGGCGCGUAUUUAAAAAUUCGUUAUUCAGGCAAAUUAUGAAUUUUUGAUGGGCCCUCGUGAGAGAAAUGUUUUUUUUUCUUUAACAUUGAGGUAGUUGCGAGAGAAGAAAUGCACGCGUCUUGUCUUCAAGGGCGAUGGAAGAAGGUACGCCGUGGUGGCGCAGAACGAGAGGGAGAUAAUUACAAUUUGACCAUCAGGUAGUACCCAACAACAGGUUUUCAUCUCUUGGGGGCUCUUUAAUGGCGAACGACGGCACCAAACAGCAACAAACCCAUUCAUUUAUUACAAUAUCACCGCACUGUAAGACGUCUUCACUGUGUUUGAGCUAUACUACAAUUCACAUUGAGACUCUUCGGCGAUGGACUCGAUGGGCUUCUUUGGGAUAACAACACGCGAUCACAAGCCACACGGGGUCACAGCCACAACGAUCAUCAUUGUCGGCAAAACUACGAAGAAAUGGGCAAUUUUGAUGAUGUUUUUAUACCAUGUUCUGCACCCAUAAAGCCUUUCUUCAUUGGGGCUACUUGAGAGCUCACUGAAGAAAAAAAUUAUUUUUGCGUUGGCCACUCUCUGAGGAGUUUUUAUUGAUAUUCGCCAAAAUCUGAAACUCUCGUUGGCUAAGUUGGAAGACCAUUUUAGGCUUCGAGAGAUCUUCAUUUACCAAUGAGACUCUCAAUAAAAUUGAGACAUAACUGAAGACACCUCGUAAGAUAUUGAAUUUCAUCUUCAAGAAGAAGGUUUAUAUUGUGGCGAAUUUUCCAUAUGAGAGCUAUACUUCGGUGAUGCACCAUGUAUUUGGCUCUCAUAAUAAGCCGCAUUGCAGCGGCAAGAGGAGUAUUGUCUUAUUGGGACGCAAAUACCUUAUUAGGACAAAACUUUUGCCAAAUGUGGACGCAAUUUUUAUCUAAACUUGACUACAGAAUAACUGAAAUUGCAAGAAAAAAUUAAUCUAAAUCUGCAAGAAAAGUCUUUUAAUGCAAAGCAUGAAAUUUAAGUGAGAAAAUAAGAAGGAAAAUUAUUCUUUGAGAUUGAUCAACCCCUUGUUUGACACCUUUUACAUUUCAUUGGCUUCCUUAUUCCACCUCCAAAUGAGAUGAAGAAGAAGCCUCUUCAUGCCACAAUCUCCCUUCGCGCGGUGUGACUGUCACUGAGCAAUAGUGAGUCAAUCAAUCCCAUCAUAAUCUUUAUUAUUUGUCAUGAAGAUAUCUUCAUUUAUACGUCUGCAAUUGACUCUUCGUGCUGGUUAUCUCUUCUGUGCAACCAACAACAGCUUAGCCGUGGCAAUGGGACAUUCCACCACGCGGAUGCGAAGAAAGGCAAAAAUUCCCGGAGAGAUGCUCAAUCUGAUUAUCAUUUCACGAUCGUCGACACUCGCCGGGGAGAUUGGUGGCAAUAAAGUGGAGUUGUUAAUGGCAAAAUUGCCAGAAUAUGUUUCUCAAAUCAUGGAUUCCAUCAUCUAUAUGGGGUACAGUUAGCUUUGGGUUUCUUCUUCGUUAUGUUUUUUUCUUCGAAACAUUGAAAAUGGGCCCCUUAACGUCCACAAGCUUCUUCAGACAGAACUUCUUCUUCUCCCGCAGAAAUAGAUACUUAAAAACGGUCAAUUUGCUCUCAAUUGGAGUGGGUGAAGUGAUCUCCACCUCCUUCUUCUUUAAAAGCUCUCUCGCUCUAUUUCAACAACUAUUAGUGUGCUCUUUGGGUGCCUAAGACAUUCCAGUAUCUAUAUAUCGUCCAGAGAUUAACCGUAAGGUAUCAGCUGCCUCUUCCGGUGAUACUCAAUUCACAAACCUUUUCUGAGAAAUGGAAGAUUUUCUUAAGACAUUCUCCGCAUGACCCCUUUAUGAGUUUUUAUUGUAUUGAUAGUCGCACCAUCGUCUUCCCUUUGACACCUUUUCUCUCUCUCUCUCUUAAUAAAUUCAUUCACAUGCUGUAAAAUCACAUGAAUCCAAGCAUGAAUCUCUCAUUCUUAAACUGAGAGAAGAAUUGUGCAAAAAACAUCACGAUUUUGUACCUAAACCCACUUUUAGGUGUAAAUGGGAAUUUAUCACUGAGAAAUGGAAAUAUUUUCCCUCAAUUUCUAAGAAAUUCAGAGAUAAAAUUUAGGCAUAAUUCUUGAAGUUUAUUUUAGCAUUAUUUUCAAUAGAGAAAAGAUAAUUUCAGUUUAAGUACUGGAAGGUUUAAAACGUAUAUCAGUCUCAAUUAGGUUUAUAACCUAUUACAAUAGGGCGGAAUUCUCUACUCAGUCGGGCUUAAAAAUUUAAGUCGGUCUUAAGGUUUCAAUUCAGUUUUUUUUUAAUCUGACUUAAAAUUUUUAAAAUAAAAUAGUUCUCUUAUAAGAAAAUCUAACAUAUUUUCCAGGAUAACUCAGGAAAAUCCAAGGCCGACUUAAAAAUUUUAAGACCUUCUUAAAAAAUUUAAGUCAGACUUAAGAAAACUGACUAAGAACCUUAAGACCGACUUAAAAUUUUAAGCGCGACUGUGAAUUCCUCCCUUUAUUUUAUUUUAUUUAUUUAUUUAAAAAAAAAUUAAGUCAGACUUAAAAAAACUGACUUAAAAUCUUAAGACCGACUUAAAAGCCGACUUAAAAUUUUAAGCCCGACUGAGUAGUGAAUUCCACCUUAUAAUAUACCACAAAAUGUAUAAACUCCUUCAGCAAAGCUACAAAGUUGUUCGUUCAUAUAAUUCCCCGAAAAUUCAAUCAAAACAUUGUGCAAGCAACAGCUGUGGUUCAGCUGUUUGUACUUUCUUCACACUGCUGCACAGAGUUGAGGAUGAUCUCCUGACAUUGCUAAAAAAAAAAUGUUAAAGAAGAAAGAAAAGAGCUGAAUAUCCACAAAAAUACUCUUCAUUGAGAAUUUUUGCGCGUCGAUGGGUAAAGUGUGGCCUGUCGAGUGAAAGGCUACUGCAUUUGCCUCGAUCCAUUCUCGCGAUCAUUCGGUUCUUGUACGAUCGAUUGUGAUCGUUUGCGAUCGCCGCGAAAUGCUUCAACAGGGGGGGACCAACGAUCACUCCGCCAUGGCUUAUGCGCGAGUCUCCUCAAGGUGCCAGUUGAGCAGGUAACUCUGGUGAGUUCGCAUUCGUUUUGUCUCACCUGUUGAUUUGCGCCACAAAACCACGGAAUUGUGCGGCAUUCCUUCGGGGAAUUCUUGUGGAUUUUUUUUUGUGUCUUUGUGUGUGUUGGAUUUCCAGUGUGAGUGGGUGGUUACGAUCACCUCUGUGCAAGGAUUUUUAUUCAUGUGAAAAUUAAAUAAAAUUCAGUGCACAACUUUGUGGAUUAAACCCAAUAACGCAGGUGUUUGAAAAGCAACCACCCCCCAAAGAAAAUCCUUAAGUGUUGUGCUGUGUGCAAUGCCGUGAACAAUGUCCACGGAAGCUCCAGCAAUUCCGCGAACAGCCAAUCUCUUGGCAUGUAAACAAUGGUGGAAAGUGUGCUUCCUCUAUGGGGAUCAGGACAAGUACUACCGUCAAAUUUACGGGAAGGCAGCCAGUAAGAGGCUCGCAGCUGCCCGUCAGCAACUACCCCCACCAAAUGCAGCUGGAAAUGAUCCAGAUGUGAUCUUCCCAUGUCGCAGCCAUCGGGGGAUUCUUGUGACAAAAAAGAACCCAGAUGUGGAGGAAACAAAACCCAGUCGCGUAACAAUUCUCGAUGAUCCCUUCCUCCUGGGUCUAGAUCCCAUCCCGAAUGGGAAUCAAUCACGCGAUAGUGGAAUCUCCACGGCGGAAAUACAGCAGGAGUUGAAGAUAAGUGAAGAGGAGCUGAAGAAGCUUCAGCUGAGUCGUAGCAGAACUGGCUAUUGCCCCACAGAUGGAUCAGCAGGAAUUGCACCAGGGAGUCCACCUGGGAUUCCUCCACGACAGAGUGAUCGUAUCCCACCACCAGAUACGCCCGUGAGGAGAUCAUUGCCAAUGUCGUAUCCACAGCAAGUUGCCUCCUCUUCACCGCGCGGCUUUAUGCCGCCACCUGCCACGUCGCCGCUGCCACAGCAUCAUCAUCUACCGCCGCCGUAUCCACAACAGCCACCAGCACCACCACCUUUUGUCGCCUCGCCCCAGCCAUCACCGUCCUCAGCGCAGAAGCUGCAUCAGCUACCGCCCAAGAGUACCCCGCCGCCAGCCGUGCCAAAUGCCGCCGGUGCGGCUCCCUUUCACGCACAAACCUUCCAUCCGGGCUUCCAUGCUGGUCAUCUCGUUGGCGGCCAUCAGCUUGACGUCCAAAGGCACUCGCAGUCCGACGAUGACAGCGGAUGCGCCCUCGAGGAGUAUACUUGGGUACCUCCUGGCCUAAGGCCUGAUCAGGUUCAUCUGUACUUCUCGCAAAUUCCUGAGGAUAAAAUCCCAUACGUGAACAGCGUGGGUGAACGAUAUCGUGUUCGGCAAUUGCUGCAGCAGCUACCACCCCAUGAUAAUGAGGUCCGCUACUGCCACUCACUAUCGGAUGAGGAGCGAAAGGAGCUACGCCUCUUCUCUGCCCAGCGCAAAAGGGAAGCCCUGGGCCGGGGUACGGUGAAGCAAGUAUCUGCCAGCCGGCAAUGUGAGGGUUGCGAAGAAGCCGUCUCUCAGGGAGAUAUCGUGGUUUUUGCCGCACGCUUUGGGCCCAACGCCACAUGGCAUCCCGGAUGCUUUGUCUGCAGCGUCUGCAAGGAGCUCCUCGUUGACCUCAUCUACUUCCACCGCGAUGGGCGCCUCUACUGCGGAAGGCAUCACGCUGAAACCCUCAAACCGAGAUGCUCAGCCUGCGAUGAGAUAAUCCUCGCGGACGAAUGCACGGAAGCGGAAGGACGUGCCUGGCAUAUGAAACAUUUUGCUUGCUUUGAGUGCGAAGCCCAACUCGGUGGACAGAGGUAUAUCAUGAGAGAUGGGAAGCCAUUUUGCUUACCCUGCUUUGAUGCCAUGUUUGCCGAGUACUGUGACUACUGCGGGGAACCCAUUGGCGUGGAUCAGGGUCAAAUGAGUCACGAUGGGCAGCACUGGCAUGCCACAGAUCACUGCUUCUCCUGCAACACGUGCCGCUGCUCACUGCUUGGACGUCCCUUCCUCCCACGCCGUGGCGCCAUUUACUGCAGCAUCGCCUGCAGUAAAGGUGAACCCCCAACGCCUUCAGACAGCUCUGGGCCGGGUUUGCGUGCUCCACCACGACCACGAUCCCGUCCGCAGCAGCAACCAUCGGACAAUGACUCCUCAACACCCCCGUCGCCCAUUCAUGCACCCAGUUCGCCAAUUCGUCAAGUGAGGAGUCCCAAAAUGGGCCGAAGAGCCCUCCAGCGAAAUCCUAAAGCCAUUGAUGAUGCACCCGCUGGCCCAUCGGCAGCCCAUAGUCCAGCUGCAUCACCCAUCCCAGGUGCCCGAGCACUGGACAGGGUAUUGCACGAGAGGAAUUUGGAGAAGAUGCUGGAGAAGGGAGCUGAUUCCCCAGCAAGAACGCAAUCACCUGACCUGCAACGUCUCCUGAAUCGAGACAGGAGCAGAGAACCGUUGGAUUUGACUGAUUUGAAUUUCGACAGUUGGCACCCUCCCACGACAACGACGCACUUCCUGAUGGAGCAUCACGAGGCCGGGGUGUCGUCAUCAAUGCCCGAAUUGGGUGCAACGGGGGAUGUGGUGCAUGCUGUUGUUGCCACAGCUGGACUAGAUCAAGCAGAUGCCACCAUUGCGAGUCCAACUGAACUUCCAACGCCCGAUGUGUCAGACAUUCAACCAGAUCAGGAGCCACAAACUGCUAAAAAGCCAGUGAAGGGUGUUCGCUUUGAGGGUGACUUCCAGGACUCACUGCCACGAUCGCGUUCCUAUUCGGGGCACUACAAGACGCGCAUUAAGGCCCCCGGACGUCGGGGGCGGCAUCGCAAGAGUCAAUCUGAGAAUCGUCUGAGUCAGCAAACGAAGAAGUCCGUCGCGGCGCCCCCACAGCCUGAACCUGAGGAAUCCGAUGCCAGCUCUGUGUGCUCCACGUGCUCAUCGAGCUCUUCCAGCAGCGAAGAGGCGUACCAGCUGCCACAGAGACGUCACUAUGGGGGUGUACGCGUGAGCUAUGUGCCCAAUGAUGCGCUGGCGUGUGCACGGAACCGGAAGAAGCAGACAGUUGUGCCGGAUCGCAAUGAACCGGACAAAGACAAUAAGAACUGCAUUAUUUCGUGAAGAAUACGCGUGGGAGGGUGAAUGAAUUUAAAUUUAAAUUAAAAUGAAUGAAAAACGGUUUCCCACUGAAUUACCUCUAAAAGCUCUGCCCCCAUGAAAAGCCUCCUCCUCAUCCUCCUGGCCAGGAGACAAGCCAUUAAAACAGGAGGAUUUUUUUUCCAGAUUUUUUCCUCCUGCAAAACAUAUUGAUUUUAAUUAACGAAUCAUAUCAGAAAAAUGUUGUUUUAUCGCUCAAGCGAAUUGAAUUGUUUUUUAGUUAAAGAAGAAAAAAAAAUAAUUUGCCACGAUAUUGCCAACUUUUCCUCUAAUUUGUAGGGCUCCAACGAAACUCCAUUAACUGACCUAAUUAUCAAUUUUUCUUCCACUUCUUGUUGAAAUUAAAAUAUGUUUUAAGGGACGAAUGAUAUAAAGAAAUAAUUUAUAAAUUUAAUUAUUGUUCUUCUUACAAAACUCCAAAGACUCCUCAAUGUAAGCGCCAAGAGAUUCUUUUUUUUUUAAAAGCUCUGCUCCAAUCAAAAUGAAAAAUAAUUGUUAAGUUAAGAAAAAGAUUUAUUUUCUUUAAAACUUUAUUGUAUAAGUUUUAUUCUUCAAAAUAAAUUCUUUCAUUUCCACAAAGAUCCUUUUAAAUGAUUAAGAAAGUAUAGGUUGAAGAAGAAAUAAACUAAAAACUGGGACAAAUUGCAAGAAAAAAACGUAUAAGAUUACAAAGUAAGGAAAAAAAAAGAGAAAGAAAAAAUGAAGAAGUUGGUUUAUAUAAUUUUUGAUAAACAAGAAAUACAAAAAAGAAAGAGAAUGAAAAUGUGAAGGAGAAAUUCUAAUGAGUAAAAAGAAUAUUUGUAAAAUCAACAAUUGAAAUAAAUUUUAGAUACUGUACAGAAAUAAAAA